AUGACAUUAAAAACCCUUUUCAGAAAGUACCUGUUUAUCUUCUGCUUGACUGUUGGUACAGUCAGCAUUUGUAUUUCAGAGGUGCUUGGAACACCCUUCAUUUUAAUCAGCAAAAAAUUAUACAACAAGUAUAUAUCUUUCACGAAAACUUUCGCAGGUAUCCUGUUUGUAUUCCUCGUUCAAUCUUUUAGCCCUACUCCUGUGACCUUAACAUAUGACCCUGAGCUGCGAAACCUUUUCUAUCUCGAUCGAAAUAGUUGCUUAGAAACAAUCGCAUCGGAACGCAAUAUAGUAAUGGCGAACCAUCAACUUUAUACAGAUUGGAUGUACAUCUGGUGGUUAGCGUACACUGCAAAACAGCAUGGCUUUAUCUAUAUCGUCUUGAAAGAUUCUUUAAAAUGGGUCCCUAUUCUAGGUUGGGGUAUGCAGUUGUACCGAUUCGUUUUCCUUUCGAGAAAAUGGAAUAAGGAUGCUGCUACAAUGGAGCGCGAAUUCAGGUUUAUUAAUAAAGUUCCCGAGCCCGCCAGCUUAUUAAUGUUUCCUGAGGGAACCAACCUUGUUCAAAACACGUAUGAACGUAGCAAGCUUUAUGCUGACAAGGCAGGUGUUGCCAUGCCCAAAAAUCUAAUGCUUCCACGUGUUCGGGGCUUAUUUUACAGUAUCACCCAAUUACGAGAUUCCAUGAAUUACUUAUAUGAUUUUACAUUCGCUUUUUCUGAUCAUUAUCCUAAGAAAUAUGCUGCAGAGGCAUUUUCUCUUCAGCAGUUAUUCUUUGAAGGUGUUCGCCUUCGUCGCAUGCAUGUCCAUGUUCGUAGAUUCCGUAUUUCAGACAUCCCUUUGGAGGAGAAACUUUUUACAAAAUGGCUAUACCAACGCUGGUAUGAAAAAGAUCAACUCAUAGAAGAUUUUCAAAAAACAGGAAGCUUUCCUGGCCCUAGGCGGUUGAAUACUACUGUUCGCCUCAAAUCACGUCUUGAAAUUCUGUAUCUUUUCUCGGUCCUGUUCACGUGUUUUGCCGUAUUCUUUCUCAUUUCUCUUUUUCUUUAG